AUGGCCGCCAAGGCCGACAAGAUCGAGAAGAUCAUCGCGCGGCUGCAAGCCCGCAUUCAGGAGGGCCAGUACUACGAGGCCCAGCAGCAGACUCGCGUGGUUGCUGCCCGCUACAUCAAGGCCGCCAACUGGCCCGCCGCCACCGAUAUUCUCUACAAUGUCGCCCAGUCACUGUUAAAGGCCGGCCAGGGUGGCUCUGGAGGUGACUUGUGCGUCAUGCUUGUCGACGUCUUCAAGCAGGCUGAGUUGAAGCCCGACGCCACAAACAAGGGCAAGCUGCUUACGUGCUUGCGUUUGUUCCCUGCGGCGGAACCGACCAGAAAGAAGUUUGUCGGAGAGAUGGUUGCGUGGUCAUCGAAGUUCGGCGAGUACCCCGCCGGUGAUUCCGAUCUCCACAACGUCGCUGGAUCACUUUACGCCGAAGAACACGAGCCCUACGAGGCGGAAAGACACUUGGUAUUAGGUACGAAGGACUCGGCUGAGGUCCUCGCUCGUAUGGAGUACGCUUGGUACAAGGAGGACGACUCGCACACCGCCCCUCUCUACGCCGCGCGCGCGAUCCUCCCAUACCUUCUCGUUGGCAACGUCCGCGCGGCCAACACCUCCUACCGUCUUUUCACCUCCUCCCUCAGCGACGACAACAAGGGCCUCGGCGUCCAGGAUGUCAGCAGCAACAGCGCCGACCUGCGCAUCUUCCCUGGCCUGCCCCUCCUCAACUUCCUCGGCCUCCUCCUGCUCGCCAUCCAGCGCGGCACCCCGGACGUCUACAAGCAGCUCGCCACGAAGUACUCUUCUAAUAUCUCCGAGGUCGGCGCAUGGAGCGAGGCUCUCGAGCUGAUCGCUGAGAUGUACUUUGGUAUCCAGCGCCCAAGGCAGAGCAACCCGCUCAUGGACAUGAUGGGCGGCCUGUUUGGCGGCCCUGGCGGUGGUGCGCCGCAGCAAAGACGCCCCGCCCCGAGACGUGUGGAGGCGCCCCAGGCUGAGGGACUUGACUAG